AUGCAGUCGUCCUUUCCUACAGCUGCUAAUGAGGGUUCUAUAUCCGGCCCAUCAUUCAAUCCAUCAUCAUCAGCUUUCCAAAACCAAGCGCAUUACCGACGCGAUUAUCGGCCGGGUGUUGUCUUUGAAUACUAUGAAGGCGAGUGGGACUGGCUACCAAACUUUGACGAGAUGCGGCCUGAUAAUGUGGGGAUUGUAGGCAACUUUAUGAUCGAUGAGACUACGGAGCAAGACCUUUUUAGGCCACAGUAUACACAACAAAUUAGACGGCGAUACAAAGAAUCUGGAAACUUUGCAGUCCGAUUUACAACUCAUAUUGAUAUCACUCAGGACGGAGUUUAUUCGUUUUGGUUAACAUCAAAUGAUGGAUCUGCCAUGUAUGUGGCCAACACUUUGGUGGUCGAGAAUGAUGGUAUGCAUUAUGCAACUGAAACGGAAGGGCGUAUCAUGCUGCAGGCUGGGAAACAUCCAAUGACAGUCGAGUUUUUUCACAAAAAUGGAAAAAUGCUCGAAGGAUUUCGAUCCACAGGUCCAUCAUUGGUGGUGAGCUACCGUGCACCUGGACCUAUCUGGUCAUUUGGGCUGAAGGCUGGGCCCAAAAAGAUCAUUCAAUCGUCUAAUUUGUUUUACGAUCAUGGAGAUAUUCGGUUAAAGAACCUGCUACGGGAGUUUGGUGUGGAGGAAGACAGAUCUAUCACUAAUACUGAUGUCGCUUUGGAUGUGGACGAUCGCAUGAUCGCAGGAGGCCCAAGGGCUCACUGGCCGCAAGGGUCGAGUAGUCAUCACCAUAGCUCAAGGCCAAGCCGACACAGGAUCCUGAGUGGGGAUAUGGGUGCUAUGCAACCAUCGAACCGUGAGUUACAUGUACAAAUGGAGAACGCAAAAACGACUAUUAAAGAUCUAGAACAGAUCAUACGCGACCAGGCAGAGUCACAUAAAAAGAAGAUGGCAGAGCUGUACAACAUUCUCCAGGAAACGCAAGCGCAGGUUGAUCGUUUAGUUACAGGGCUCAAGAAGGCAACUCUAUUUGAGACUCCACAAGCAACUAUCCCAGCAAGCCAUAUUCAUAGUCAUGGUAAUAUCAAGAACCCGACAUGGCGGAGCUCUGUUAUCUCGGUUUAUGUAGAUGCAGAAGAAGACUAUCAGUCACAGGAGCCUAUAGAAAGCGCAGGUGGAGAAGAUACUUCCAAUAACGAGGUAUGCUUUGAUCCGAUGCUUCAGUAUGAAUUAUUCUGA